CUAGAGGAGAACCGUAAUGCUCAGAAACAGAUGCGGGUUCUGCAGAAGAAGCAGACGCAGCUGAUCCAGGAGAAGGACCAAUUACGAAACGAGCACAGCAAAGCCAUCCUGGCACGCAGCAAGCUGGAGAGUCUCUGUCGAGAACUGCAGAGACACAACCGCACACUUAAGGAGGAUGGUGUGCAACGUGCCCGAUUGGAGGAGGAGAAAAGGAAGGAAGUGACUUCACAUUUCCAGGUGACUCUGAACGACAUCCAAGUUCAGAUGGAGCAGCACAACGAGCGUAAUGCAAACCUAAGGCAGGAGAACAUGGAGCUGGCUGACAAACUGAAGAAGCUUAUUGAGCAGUAUGAGCUCAGAGAGGAGCAUAUUGACAAGGUGUUCAAGCAGAAAGAUCUGCAGCAACAGCUGGUAGAUGCGAAGCUUCAUCAGGCACAGGCACUGCUCAAGGACUCAGGGGAUAGGCAUCAGAAGGAGAAAGACUUUCUCCUGAAAGAGGCAGCUGAGUCGCAGAGGAUGUAUGAGCUUAUGAAACAGCAGGAAGUCCAUCUGAAACAGCAGCUCUCAUUGUACACCGAGAAGUUUGAAGAGUUUCAAAACACGCUUUCCAAAAGCAACGAGGUGUUCACAACAUUCAAACAAGAGAUGGAAAAGAUGACAAAGAAGAUUAAGAAGCUGGAGAAGGAAACAACCAUGUACAGAUCACGAUGGGAAAGUAGUAACAAAGCCUUGCUGGAAAUGGCAGAGGAGAAAACGCUACGAGACAAAGAUUUCGAAAGCCUGCAGGUGAAGGUGCAGCGUCUGGAAAAGCUCUGCCGUGCGUUACAGAUAGAACGCAACGAGCUGAGUAAGAAGGUUCAGGGUGUCUCCACAGGCGUUGAGAGUAAGCCAGAAACAGAGACGGGGUCACCAUCAGAAUACCUUUGCUAA